AACAGCGUCUGCGCCAACACCAGCACCCCCCACGCCUCGCUCUUCCCCAGCAACAAUGAGACACUGGAGGUGGACAUCUACAAAGGGGGCGUCGUUUUGGGCUGCUACUUCGGCCCUGCCGCUCUCUACAUCUGGGCCAUCGGCAUCCUCGCUGCCGGCCAGAGCUCCACCAUGACGGGCACCUACUCCGGGCAGUUCGUUAUGGAGGGUUUCCUGAACCUGCGCUGGUCGCGCUUCGCCCGGGUGCUGCUGACGCGCUCCAUCGCCAUCACCCCCACCCUCUUCGUCGCCAUCUUCCAGGACGUCGAGCACCUGACGGGCAUGAACGACUUCUUGAAUGUCCUCAUGAGCCUGCAGCUCCCCUUCGCGCUCAUCCCGGUGCUGACCUUCACCAGCCUCCCCAGCGUCAUGAACGACUUCGCCAAUGGGCUGUUUUGGAAGAUCACGGGGGGGCUCCUGAUCCUGUUGAUCUGCAGCAUUAACAUGUACUUCGUGGUGGCCUACGUCAUGGCCCUCAACCACGUGGCUCUGUACGUCGGCGCUGCCGUGCUCAGCGUGCUCUACCUCUCCUUCGUGGCGUAUUUG